ACAGUCUGGUUGAAAGAUACUGAUAUGAUAGCCAAGUCAGACUCUGUCUCCACUCCGGACAAUUAUUCAUCACAAAAGAUAUUCCCGGAUGAAGAUAAUCCAGUUAUUGUCAAAGCUGUUAUUUUGCAUAAGAUGGCCUCUACCCCAAGAGACAAGGUUUAUUUGGUAGAUCGCAAUCGAGUUUAUAUUGAAAUGGAUAAUCAAGCAUGGAAAUGGACAGAUCUGCCUUUGGGACUUAAGCAAGUCAAGUUUGGAAAUACUGAAGAAGAGAGAGAGACUCUAUAUCUACUUAGUAAGAUGAAGAUUGAAGCAAAUAAUUGGAAUGAUGUAUUAGCAUGGGACAUUAAUGUCCAAGCAAAGUUUAUAGGUGGUCAGCCUGCACUGAAUGCUACAUAUACACAAAACCUUGGAGUGUACCACCUGCAUGCAAUCUUUGUUGACCUCUCAAAAAUUGAAGAGAUUCAACCUACUGAUCAGGUUGCUGCUGUUACAGCUAUGUUCAAUGAUCUCAAAUAA